AUGGCCACCAUGGGCAUAGAUCCUAUUGCUGUGGUUAGAGAAUUUAUUGGAAACGUUACUGAUGUUGAUAGGUUAAAUGAGGAGAUGACCCACAUGAGAAUUCAAGAUGAUAAAGAAAUGGAAGAUACAAUUGUAUAUGGCAAUUUAACAGAGACUGGUAAUAUAAUAGUAACUGCAAUAGGUGGAAGAAAUGGCCAACCAAAACAGACAAUCAGUUACAUGGCAGAGAGAGCUGUUGGACAAGGAGCCUUUGGAGUUGUGUUCCAAGCGAAAUGUUUAGAAACAGGAGACAUAGUUGCAAUAAAGAAAGUCUUACAAGAUCGGAGAUACAAGAACCGUGAGUUACAAACAAUGAGGCUAUUUGACCAUCCUAACGUAGUGUUUUUGAAACACUGCUUCUUCUCAACAACCGAGCAAGACGAGCUUUACCUCAACUUGGUUCUUGAAUACGUUCCAGAGACAGUUCACCACGUUAUCAAACACUACAGCAACAUUAACCAACGAAUGCCUCUUGUUUACACCAAACUCUACACUUAUCAGAUAUUCAGGUCCUUAUCUUACAUUCACCGAUGUAUAGGCGUGUGUCAUCGCGACAUAAAACCUCAAAACUUGUUGGUGAAUCCAAAUACUCAUCAAGUGAAGCUAUGUGAUUUUGGAAGUGCUAAAAUGUUGGUUAAAGGAGAGCCAAACAUUUCAUAUAUAUGCUCAAGGUAUUACAGAGCACCUGAGCUUAUUUUUGGAGCCACUGAGUAUACUACAUCCAUUGAUGUCUGGUCUGCAGGUUGUGUUCUCGCUGAGCUUCUUCUUGGACAGCCAUUGUUCCCUGGUGAGAGCCGUGUUGAUCAACUUGUAGAGAUUAUAAAGGUUUUGGGAACACCAACAAGGGAAGAAAUCAAAUGCAUGAACCCAAAUUACAAAGAGUUCAAGUUCCCACAGAUUAAAGCUCAUCCAUGGCAUAAGACAUUUCACAAGAGGAUGCCUCCAGAAGCUGUUGAUUUAGUGUCAAGGCUUCUUCAGUACUGUCCCAAUCUCCGUUUCACUGCUCUUGAUGUAUUGGUCCACCCCUUCUUUGACGAGCUUAGAGAUCCCAAUGCAAGGUUGCCUAAUGGACGUUUAUUUCCACCGUUAUUCAAUUUCAAGCCUCAUGAGCUUAAGGGUGUGUCUCUGGAGAUGGUGGCUAAGUUAGUACCUGAACAUGCUAGGAACCAGUGUCCCUGGCUCGGCUUGUGA